AUGUCAUCGAACACGAACAAGUCAGUGUUCAAUUGUCCACAGAUUCCACAAUUCAUAUGGGACGUUCAUGACACUAUUUCUCCUUGGAUAUUUGCUGCUGUUGCAUCUAUAAUCUCACCCGCUGCAGUUCUUUUGAACGGGUUAGUUAUCAUAGCAGUUAUGAAAAGGAGAGAACUGCAGAAACUUUCCAAUAUUCUGCUGUCAAGUAUGGCCGUUACGGACCUUCUUGUAGGUGCUAUAUCUAUACCGUUAUCUGCUGUAACUGGAUUCUUGCUUCCCUAUCACAUUCUUGCUGCUCAAGAUGUUUGCACGCUCGAAAUGGCAACAGGCUGGUUCCCAAUCACUCUGACAUUUUGUUCCCUCUUCCAUCUGGUGGUGAUUGCAUGGGAGAGAUACGUGGCCAUUCGAAAGUGGAGGGACUACAGAGUUAUAGUGACUAAAGGCCGCUUGAAAAAGCUGGCUGCAAUAGCUUGGAUUUCUGGACCAGUAUUCGUUUGUAUCCCAUCCACUAUUUCCAUAGCGGUCAGUGGACACAUUACCAUUGAAGUUCUCGCGGCUUUAAUAUGUUGUAUGCUGGCACUCAUCGUAUAUUUUUACGUCAUGGUGUACCUUGGAGUACGCAAACAAAAGUUCAGUCAAAUUUCCCAGGUCAGCGUGUUAGUGACAACGAAACUGGAAAACAGAGUUGCGAAGACCACUGCUUUGGUUACAGCUGCGUUGAUCCUUUCCUUCGUUCCUGUUGUUUCUCUCACUUUACUGGGAGAGGUUUUUCCUGUACUUCAUAGAAUGUCCUCAGUGCGCGUAGGGGAUACACUUAUACUUUCAAAUUCUUUAGUUAAUCCACUCAUUUACUGUUACAGAGACCGUCGUUUUAAGAAAGCUGUGCUCGAGAUUUUGAAAAUUAAAAAACCUAAACAAAAGAAUGCAGUGGACAAAGUGCGAUUCACCAAAAGAAAAGAUGGACGUGGUCCAACAAAGGAUAAGGCGCCGAUUACACAAGAAGAAGAUAAAAAUAUCUUGUUGAGAAGAUCAACAUCCUUGGAUUUGAUCCGGUUUUUUGAUCGAGCUUAUAUCGAGCCUAAUAAGAUGUUGGUUAAGAGAACCCCGUCGGCUCCGUUGAUCCAUGUUGGUGGCAUUUCGGGCGUAGUCUAGACUAAUUAACGCUUCCACUACCAUCGGCCAUCGUGGUCCAUGACGUCAAGAGCGCCAUUUCAAGGUCCUCGAAACACGGUAAGAAGGGAGAACUUGAUCCAGAACUGCUGCCACAAAGACCAAAUCCUUUCAAAAAAACAAAAAACAAAAAACGGAUCCUUAAGAACGAUGACGACCUUGGAAAACAGGAGACAAGGGCAAAUGUCGACCGAACAGACUAUUUUGCACACGCGACUGAGAUAAUUUCAGUAUAAGUAAAAUCCUUUACAUAAUUAUUAUCAGGAGACGCGAAACUGGUCAGCCUUGGAAACGCUGGCUACUGUCUUCUCAGAGUAAAGUCGAGCUUAGCAGAUAUCUGCAGAGACUGCACUUUCUUGCUUUAUUUUAUUUACUGUCAACCUGGAAAAUGUUCAUGGAACAAAACAACAUCAAACUUUAUCAGAUAAUAACAAUAAUGAUGAUGAUGAUGAUGAUGAUGAUGAUGAUGAUGAUGAUGAUAAUAUAUAGAUUUUGCCAGGAUUAAAAGGGAAGCUCUCGUUAAUAUCAAUAGUUUACUAAACCAAAUACAAAAUCGUGUAACUGUAAGGGGCGAAGGCAACGAAAACAGCCAAAAAAAAAGCAGUAGGUCUAAUUAGCAAAAAACACUUUGCACGUGCAGCACAAUUUUUUUUAAUUAGCAAAAAACAACUUUACAGGCUUAUUUUGUACAUUUCUUUGCCGUUGGUUUGCACGACUACAACGUGAAACUUCCAGAAACUUCCUAGUUACACGUUUUAUGGAGGAAAUGUUGUAUGUGGUCCUGUUCACUUUCUUUUCGCUGCCGUUCAUUUUCAGCUUGGUGGCAGCUAGCAUUUCCCCUUUUUCUCGCAGCCGCUAUAAAAGUGUUAUGUUUUUCUUCCAACGAAAUUGGUCUCCUUUGGUUUUUAUCUUUCGCUCUAGCUCUUUGUCUGUUAUCCACGUCAAUGUAGACAUUGAAAUUUAGUCGAAAGAAAGAAUCGGCUUUUGUUGUUGUUGUUUUUAUCUCUAAGGGGUGGACGUACGGACUGAUGUACCCCGUACGGAGGAUUUUCUCAGAACCAAAAUUUCUUGGAUGCAUAGAUUUACCUAAUUUUCUUACCCAUGGUGCUCCGCUGCACGCGCUUCGCUAAUACUGAUGAGAAUAAUAAUGAUGAUGAUGAUCAGAAUAAAGAAAACAACAAACAACAAAUAAUCGAAAGCCUCGUUUAGCAGUUUUCGAGGCGGGCCUAAGGGAAAAAAAAUAUUCUAAAAUAUUCAGCCAUUAUUUAGUUUUUAUAAUUUAUCUGUUAUUAGUUACCUAGCAUAUUUGAUUAUGAGAGGGGGAAGUAGUGAUAUAAUUUUUAGUAUUCUAGAUUCACCAUAUUCAACGCACAUUGUCUAAUUUGCGAAGAUCAAUAAGUCUUAUUAUCAUUCGAUGCAAAUUUUUCUUCCUCUUCAUUGGCCGAAAGACCACCAGGUGACCUGCAAAUAUCUGCCUACAAAUAAUGAACCAAAAACGAGAAGUCCAAAGACUACUGCAAAGCUGAUUUUAAACAACGUGUAUUGUUUUCUUAUAACAAUAUUUCGGCUGGCCAUACCAGCCUUCUUCAGGUUUACAGAUGUUACUCAACUUAUGUAGCAAUCAAUUAUUGCGAAAUUCUCCAUCUAUAUAAUAUUGUGAUUGCUGCAUAAGUUUAGUAACAUCUGUAAACCUGAAGAAGGCUGGUAUGGCCAGCCGAAAUAUUGUUGUAAGAAAACAAUACACGUUGUUAUGAAUCAGCUUUGCUGUAGUCUUUGGACUGCUAGUGUUUGGUUCUUUACAUUUUGGCUGAUUAGAUCUCUUUUCUAGAGAUCCAACGUUUACAACUCGCAGGGUCUUCCUCCACGGUUUUUGCAGUUAAUUUAAUCCUCUACAAAUAAUGGUCUGCUCAUCCGCAAUGUCGUCAACUGGUUUUGGCUUUGAGUUUGGCUUAGGAGUUCGGCUGCAAAUAAUAUCCUGCUCAUGCGUAAACGAAACCAUGUUUUCUCCUUCUUGCGAUCGUUCUUGCGUGAAAAAAAAGGCAGAUCGCUUCGCUUCCCGCAGAUAUUCAUUAAAUAAAACUUUGGCAAAUAAUUGAUCUGCUCGCCACUGACAAAUCACGACAUUUUACCCAAUCAAUUAUUUUCCACAGAUUAAAGCAUUAUUUUAAGGAGCACCUACUUUUCCUUAUAUGGUAAAAAGGUCGCAGGUAUCAUGCACACCCCCCUCCAUACAAUAGCGAGGCAAGGCGUUACAAGUACUUCAUAUAGUAUUAGUUAUGACGUAACGAAAAUGGCUCUCGACCUCCCUGGGAUCAUAAAUGACACCCACCCCCGCCGUGCAUUGGACGACGACGACAUUUGAAAGAAAUAAUUGUCUUGGGCACAGAGAACAAGCAUACAAGCUAAAAGGUCUAUUAAUAAUUAUACACACUCGCCAAAAUCAGUCCGGGCCACAACCAGAUCUGGAUAUGUAAUUUCCUGCAAUGUGAUUGGUCCAGACCGUAACCAAAACAUUGAUUUGACCGCGAAAGGACUAAGUUCGACAGAAAUGUCGAAGAAAAGAGCGGUGUGGCUGGGAUGUUCCUUAAAGAAAAGUAACAGCAUGUAAUACCAAACCGAUUAAUCGAGAUGAUUUUAUGCUUCUUAGCGUUCGAUUUACAAAUAUCAAGAUGAUAAUGAUCGAGGAAGGUUUCUGCAAAAACGCCUGGACUUCUGAUAUCAAGAGACCCGAAGCACCUCGACGACACCGAUCGAAAGGGAAAAGUAGGGAAUUUGAAUACUUGCAAUACUGAUACAUUUUAAGUGGAAAGGUAUAAAGAAGUUGCGUUUGGAGUACUUUUUGCGAGCACCGCUUCGGCCUAGAGUACUGUGUUCUAUGCUUCUUAUGGAGCAAUACCAUACGCGCUAAAAUCUAAUUGCGAUUGAAGGAGUGCUGCAUAUUAAUUUUCAAUAUUUCAAUUGUCAAACAUCUUGGAUUAAUAUGCGAAGGUAAAGAAAUAAAUAAAAUUUCUGUAAAUUGCACUCACGAAGGGUUGUAAACAGUCAUCAAUCAAUGUCUGUCUUUUGGUGUUGCAAAACCCUAUUGCGGAUGAAAAUAUUAAAAUACCAUUCACCAGGUUCAGUGAUGGACUUUAUCGUGUUCUAAUAGCAAUAAAAUUGGCUGGUAGGCCUACACGACUUUUACCUCAUGCCAAAAUGCUGCUCGUUCCAAUUAAGCCCGGGGGGGGACUCCGCAUAUGAAAGGGGUGGGGAUCCUCGUCGUCUCGCUUAGGGGUGUAAAUUUCGGAUUUUGGUCUCAUUAAGGGUGUUCUGGGAAAAACGCUAUUAUAUUUAGCCGUGAAGGUCUCGUUUAGGGUUGCACGUGAAAAAAUAUUUAAAAAAUAUAUAUCAUGAUAUGUAUAUUUUCAUUCGUUUUAUUUACUCCAUUCAUAUAAUCCAAGUUUUAUCAUUUGUCUGUGUUUUAACAUGGUCUCUUUUAGGGAUCAAAAGAGGCUUGGGUCACGCCUAGAUCGGUCUCCUUUAGGGGUUUACUUCAAAAUUUCGACGAGCAUUCCCAAAGAUUCUGCUGAAGUGUUGUGUGAGCCGUACUGCACUCUCUUUAAUUAUAUUCUGGACGUUGGAAAAAUCCCUAAACAGUGGGAAAAGGGUGAAAUAACUCCAGUGUAUAAGAAAGACUGCAGCCUGUCCAAGGAUAAUUACACACCUCUCACCAUUCUUCCAUCUUUGUCAAAAGUCUUUGAAACGCUCGUUCAUUCAAGAGUCAGUCCCCGGUUCAGAAAUAAUCUCCACAAGAUCGUGUUCGCUUAUAGAAAGCAUCACGGUUGUGAUACGGCCCUGCUCAGUCUUACGGAGGAAUGGCGAAAGGAGCUGGACGAUCGGAAAAUAAUUGGCCUUGUGUCUAUGGACUUUUGGAAGGCCUUCGACUCUCUACCACACGAUCUCAUUGUGAAGAAGUUCAAAGAAUAUGGUGCUGACGAGAGAACUGCUAAUAUCAUUGAGGAUUAUUUCUCUGAUCGCCAACAACGAGUGAAAGUAGCUGGAGAAUAUUCGAGCUGGAAUUAUAUCUCCAGAGGGAUUGCCCAAGGAUCAAUCCUCGGGCCUUUGAUAUUUAAUAUUUUCAUCAACGAUCUCCUGUUCAUCGUGAAAAGAUGUAAACUCUCUAGCUACGCAGACGACACGCAAAUUUUCUUUGCUCAUAAUGACUAUAGAGAAGUUGAGAGUGCUAUAAACUCUGAUCUCCAGCUUGUUGAUAAAUGGUAUGAUGAGAACGGUCUGAAAAGGAACAAUUCUAAGUAUCAAGCUAUUGUGAUGGGAAAAUCUGACGCCACACUUGAUUUCAAGUGUGAAAAUUCCAGUAUCCCAGUGACUAAACAAUUUGAGAUGCUUGGCAUAACGAUAGAUAACAAAAUGAAGUUUGACAAUCAUGUUGCUAAAAUAUGUAGGAAAGUUUCACAGCAAAUAGCUGUUCUUAAAAGAAUGAAGAAAGGAAGGCGCGACCUAUAUUUAGCAUUUAUCCUUCCUCACUUCAAUUAUUGCAGUGAAACCUGGAAUUUUUGUAGUAAAAGUGCUGCAGACAAAUUGGAAAGGUUAAAUGAGCGCGCGAUCAGGUUUGUUUUCAGGGAUAAAUACACAAGCUACUCGGAACUUCUCAACGCAUUAGGCCUCUCAUCUUUAAAAGAACAAAGAUUAAUUAAAAUCACACUGUCUAUUUUUAAUGCCGUCCACAAUUCUUUAGCGCCCAAAAGUAUACAAGACCUGAUAGUUCAUAGGAAGAACGUUAGCUACAAUUUAAGAGGUGACUAUAUCCUCUCGCUACCCAAGCCAAAGUCUACCACAUAUGGCUUGAACUCAGUCCGUUAUAUUGGUCCGAAACUCUGGAAUUCAAUUCCGAACCUGUUUAGCCUGAAUAUAACGAAUUUUAAGUCUUUUAAGAGAUCCAUUAGCCAAGUUGACCUAGUGCAAUUUUUAUAAUUUCGACGCUUUUUUUUAUUGAAUUUAGUAUUUAUUUAGAUAUAAAAUAUACUUAUUAAGAUUUUAUUGUUAUAAUUUUAAUUAUAGAAUAUUCCAUAUCUACAAUAGUUUUUUAACUCUUAAUUUUAUUGUGUUUGUGGAAUACCUGUAAAUUGGCUGGCGUGCUUUCACAGACCCCGAUUUCGGUUCCGUCUGUGAAAGCACACCAUUAUUGUAGCUAAGUGUAUUUUCACAAUAAACCCUUAUUGUAUUGUAUUGUACUGUACCCUUUUCAUAUGCAGAGUCCCCCUCCCUCGGGCAAUUAAGUUUUUUUCCUCUGCUGGGUAGAUUAUGAUCUGGAAGAAAUGAUACAAAAUUGUAAGAAUUAAGUGCAGCUUAAACUGAAGCUGCAUCAACUAUGGAGAAAUGCAUUGUGACUCAGUAGACUCCAGCUUGGUGUUUUUCUAUAAAUGCGAGUCUUCUGACUGGAGCGCAUAUUCCCUUCCUUGAUAAUAGCUUUGAAUAAGCUUAACAGUCAGUGUUUGAACUGUUUUGUUAUUGCCACUUUGUGAUCAGGCAAGUUCAUGGUUACGGUUCUCCACGAACAAACCGGCGGCAUCUUUUUGCCACAAAAACAAGGUGCUUUUGCUUUUCCAUCCGACUGCAAGAUAACAUAAAAUAAACAUGGCGUUACAAUGAAAACCUGCACGUGAACGGCGCAACUGACUGUUGCAUCUUCCAAAGCACAGCACUAUUUGAAUUCGCUAUGCACUACACCAAAAAGACCACCAUCAAAAAGCAAAUUUUAUGUAGAUUUUUUUCAAAAAAUUUUUUUUCAAGGAUCAGAAAAUUGAAACUCACCUUCUUUUUUUUAGAUGUUUUGCGCCUUGUCGGCAUUUCUUUGAGCUGAAAAACUCUCGUGUUCGGUCGUUUUACCUCCCAAGAACGCACAACGUUCAUCGGACGGCAUUUUUUCUUCACACCCCUGAUUUCUCAUUGUCUAAAGUCACAGCUCUCAAAGUAGUAUGGGGAAAAGACACUUCUAGGCGCGGCAAAGAGCCUGGAAGUGACCUUCCCUCAUGUUUCUCGGCGUGGGCGCCAUUUUGCAAAUGUGGGUGACGUCAUCAUAUAUCCAGAUCUGGUUGUGGCCCGGACUGAUAAAGGAAACGUGUUCUGUGCUUCCCUUGGCGUACAAACUUUGUUAAUAACGUAUAAAGAAACUCGAUAGUGCUCUAUAUAUUGACGCAAAAUAGAGAGAAAAAAUAACGGUUGUGCACGACCACACUACUUCAAGUUCGAAAAAUGAACGUUACUAAAUAGAUCCUUCCCUUUGGGUUUUUGUUUUUGUUUUUGUUUUCUCAAGUUUUGGUUAAGACCAGUUAGCGAAUAUCCAUAGACAAUGUACUGCUGGGAGAGAGGUUUAAAGUCAGGAAAGUUUCCAAGUUUUUUUUCAGGACGAUACGGUUAAGCGAGCAAAGAUAUUGCUGCACAAAGUCGUGAAAUUAUACAGGCCUAGGACGUUUAGAUAGUGGGGGGGGGGGCACGAACUUACCCCUCACCCCCACAUAAACACACACCACACAAACGUAUGUUAUAUUCGGUGACUUUGCAGAGCGACAUCUUUCGUUAGUUUCCAACAAAUCACGUUUAAAGUAAAUUAGCAUCUCUACUAAUUUUAAAGCAUUCUUUUUUACUUUAGCCGUGUUGACGAAUUUUUCACCUACUUGCCUCAGACAAAAAAUUUUGUUUAUAAUUCAAAUGCUCUUUAUAUUGUAAGAGUUUAGAAUAUUUUUACUCCAUAUUAAUGUUUAUAGUUUAAAGCUCUGAAAGCUUGUGGAAGAGUACGAACGCUUGUAUUUCGAUCUUGGGCUAACCCGGUACAACAAAUAGUAUUUAAAAUAAAGACCAUCUGGGUAUAAAAUUAUAUUAGUUACCUCAGUUUUUAGUUUUCAUCGAAUAAUCCAUUUAAAUUUUAUUAGGAAGGCUUCACAUACAUAAGACAAUUAUCGUUGUAAUCGCUGACUAGCAAAAAUGGAUGUUAUCGCGAAAUAUUUUUCUCGGUUAAGAGAACCGAUAGGAUAUUUUAAUCAAGGGACUGUGUAUUAUAUUUUCCAUUUUCAUAAUUAAUAUAAAUUUCGAAAUCUUACUGUUACCAGACAGCUGGUCUUGAAAAGUCUGUGAAAAACUACCAGUUCCUGAAAAAUUGAAAAAUGGUUUUGAAUAUCGUUAAAUUAUUGCCUUUCUCCUUAAAUUACUGAAAAUUCGUCAAGUUUCUUGAACAAGUUAGUCAUCGUUGUUUUACGGUAAACCAGCUUUAUUUCUGCAAACAGAACUUUCUUUUCUUUAUUUAUUUCUUUCUCUCUCUCUUUUAUUUUGUAAAUUCAGUAGUUACCAUAAAGGAUAAACACAAUUUGAAUAAAUUUCAAGCUUUGUAGCAAUCUUUUUCUGGAAAAGUAAUUCCAGUUUGGUACGGGUCUUUUAAGUAAAGGUGUUUGGAAAAAAAUCAAAUAUAUAGAUAAAAUAUGCCACUAUGAAAAUGAAGCUUACUUUCAGAAGGAAAUUGCAGGAAAAUACGCCUUUUAUGUUGGAACUCUUUUUGGUAAUAUUUAUCAAGAAUGCUUAUUGGCGGAAGACAGGUUCAAAAAAGAGGAUUUAGUUAAUAGUGCGUUUUUUUUUUCGCCAAAGUGUUAAAUUGAAACUUUUUUUACAAAUAUGUUAUUUUUCCUAUGAAAGCCCGAUUCGGGCUUAUAAAGGGUGCUGUGCCCUAUUUCAUCAGCACUUUCCUGUAAAGUGCAAAUUAUCUGUAUUAAUUGUUUUUAUUCUACUUAUUCAUUUAUCUUUGGAUGUAAAUUUUUUCAUUUAAUUUUCCUGUUUAACCUUAUUUCUAUUGUUAUCUUAGUUUGCCUUAAUCAGUGUUUGUCAUAUUUUCUUACCUUAGGUUUGUUUUCAUCUUUCCCCCGCCUCGAUUAGCCUUUUAUGCUAUUAGCGGUGGGAAAGUUUAUUUUCUGAUUUCUUGUACCUGUAACUAAUCAACUGAGUUUGUAUUUACUCUGUAUCUGAACUAUGUGGAAUAAAAUUGUUGUUGUUGUAAGUGCUGUAAACGAUGGUUGUAGUUUUGAACUUGGAAACAAUCGGGCUAUCGUAACUGUUAUUCCAUUUUUAGGCUUCCGUGCUCUGCUUUCCUGUGGCACAGUUUGUUGUAUCUUAUCAAGUGGUUUUACCUUUGAUUAAGUCGGGAUGAAGUCCGUCGUAGUUUUAUUGUACUCUUAUCAGCAACUUCAUUACAAUCUAUUGCUAAUAAUUUUAGCCACAUUAAGAAAUAAAAAAGAUAAGUUGAUGUACAGUUUAAUUGAAACUUUUGUAACUUAGCAGCUGGUCUUGUUUGAUUGGAUUGUUGGCUUUAGUUUUCUACCCAUACCGCUGAGUAACUAUGACGUUCAUGUAUUUCUUUUAUCCAGUAUCUGAAUUUGAUUGACAUCAUUAAUUUCCUGGUGAUAUCACUUAUAACAAUAACGCAUUUAUUAGCAAACUGAGUCCUGUCACCUUAACCACGUUUACAUUUCGCAAUAUAAAAUUUAAAAAAACGAAACGAAAAUAGCUAAGGUUCAAACUCUAUCUUGAACAACUUAGACUUGGUUAAAACAGCUUCUGCAAACAUAACUCUCUUUUCACUUUUUCUUUCCUAUUUUUAUCAUAAAGGAUGAAAAAAUUUGAAAAGAUUUCAAACAUUUGUAUUAAUUUUUUUCUGUGGAAAUGUAACUCCAGUUUCGUACAGUUUAUAUUAAAUAAAUAUGGGUUUUUGGAAAAGUAACAUCAAAUUGACUUAAAUUUGUCAUGAAAUGAAGCUUAAUUACAUCCAAAUAGCAGGAAAACUUUCCCUUUUUAUCAAUGCUAAUUGGCGGAAAACAGGUCCAGAAAGGAGGAUUUGGUUAAAAAGGCGGGUUUUUGGCCCUCGCCAUUGAAGUUUUGUUUUGCAAAUAGGUCUCUUUUCAUUAUCAAAAAAGCCGGAAUGAAACGCUCUCCCUGUAUGAACGGUAUCUUGGCGCCUAUGAAAGCUCUACACGUGAUUAUAUGGGUGCUGUGUCCUAUUUUAGCAGCACUUUCCUGUAAAGUGCUGUACACGAUGGUUGAAGUUUUGAACUUGGAGACAAUCCUGGUUAUCGUAACUGCUUUUCUAUUCUCAAGCUUCCGUGCUCUGCUUUCCUGUGGCUUAGUUUGUUGUAUCUUAUCAAGUGGUUUUACCUUUAAUGAAGUCCGAAUAAAGUCUGUCUUAGUUUUAUUGUAUGCAUUCUUAUCAGCAACGUCAUUACGAACUAUUGUUUAUUAUUUUAGCCACAUUAGAUUAAGAAGUACAAAAAAGAUUAUUGAGUUGAUGUACAAUUUAAUUUAAACUUUUGUAACUUACUUAGCAGCAGAUCUGGUUUGAUUAGAUUGUUCGCUUUAAUUUUCUACCCACGCCGCCGAGUAACAAUGACGUACAUGUAGUUUUUUUUUCCAGUAUCUGAAUUUGAUUGACAUCAUUGUAUUUCUGGCGAUAGCACCAAGUAACAAUGCUCCUGGUUCUGACACCUUCAAAUUUUGCAAAUUAAAAUCAGAAAAAAAAACACGAAAUCUAGCCGAGGCUACAAAAUCCUAUGGCCUUUGAUUUUUGUGUCCCAAGAUAAAAUAGGCACAGAUCGUGAAUUCUUUUAAGACUAGAAAAAGGGAUCAGAAUAAAGCAUUAAGUGAUCAUGGAGGAUAGGAAAGCGUGAACAGAUGGUUUCACUGACCACAGGUACCCCAAGCUCAGGUAGUUGUUGCAUAACAGAAUAAGGAACUAAGUAGUCGUUAUCUAGGGCACAAAAACAGCAAUAAAAAUACAUCAAAACAUGUACAUUUUACCUCGUUUUCCAGCUUUAUUCAUGGUGUGUUCUUUUCUAGAUCUUAACAUACUUGGCCGUUUCAGCGCGAUUCUAGCGAGUUUUUUUAAAAACAAAGAUACAAGCCCUAAAAAUAUUUCUGUUACGCAACAACGGUCACUCGUAAACUUGGGGUACCUGUGGUCUUACUAAUGAGAGCGCUAACACUACCAAAUUUGAGAUAAAGGUUACUUUGAUAAUGAACUAUCCUUGUAACUGUCUGUUCAAAUUUUUGUUUGCUAUCAAACAUAAAAGAUUUAAACAUUAUAAUAAUCGUAAUUUUUUUUUAAUGGAAUUAAUUUCCAUCUGUUUUAUGUAAAAUCAGUAGAAGCUUUAUAGCUUGAAUUAAUAACUGAAAGUGCUUGUUUGACAGUAAAUCUUAGAAACUGCUUCAUCUUGGACCACAAUCCGACAGAAACGUCCAUCAUGUCAUCGAACACGAACAAGUCAGUGUUCAUUUGUCCGCAGACUCCACAAUUCAUAUUGGACGUUCAUGACACCAUUUCUCCUUGGAUAUUUGCUGCUGUUGCAUCUAUAAUCUCACCCGCUGCAGUUCUUUUGAACGCGUUAGUUAUCAUAGCAGUUAUGAAAAGGAGAGAACUGCAGAAACUUUCCAAUAUCCUGUUGUCAAGUCUGGCCGUUACGGACCUUCUUAUUGGUGCCAUAUCUAUACCGUUAUCUGCUAUAAAUGGAUUCUUGCUUCCCUAUCAAAUUCUUGCUGCUCAGCAUAUUUGCACGCUCGAAAUGGCAACAGGCUGGUUCCCAAUCACUCUGACAUUUUGUUCCCUCUUCCAUCUGGUGGUGAUUGCAUGGGAGAGAUACGUGACCAUUCAAAAGUGGAGGGACUACAGAGUUAUAGUGACUAAAGGCCGCUUGAAAAAGCUGGCUGCAAUAGCUUGGAUUUCUGGACCAGUAUUCGUUGCUAGCCCAUCCACUAUUUCCAUAGCGGUCAGUGGACACAUUACCAUUGAAGUUCUCGCGGCUUUAAUAUGUUGUAUGCUGGCACUCAUCGUAUAUUUUUACGUCAUGGUGUACCUUGGAGUACGCAAACAAAAGUUCAGUCGAAUUUCCCAGGUCAGUGUGUUAGUGACAAUGAAACUGGAAAACAGAGUUGCGAAGACCACUGCUUUGGUUACAGCUGCGUUGAUCCUUUCCUUCGUUCCUGUUGUUUCUCUCACUUUACUGGGAGAGGUUUUUCCUGUACUUCAUAGAGUGUCCUCAGUGCGCGUAGGGGAGACACUAAUGUUUUCAAAUUCUUUAGUUAAUCCACUCAUUUACUGUUACAGAGACUGCCGUUUUAAGAAAGCUGUGCUCGAGAUUUUGAAAAUUAAAAAACCUAAACAAAAGAAUGCAGUGGACAAAGUGCGAUUCACCAAAAGGAAAGAUGGACGCGGUCCACCAAAGGAU